AUGGGGCUCUUAGCCCUUGGGACCCCUUUGGAUUGGCCCGAAGCCAAGAAGAACGCAGACCAUGUCCGCCAAUGGGGGAUUGAGCAGUUGCUAGCAAUAUGGAAGCGCGCAAAGGGCAAAGAAAGAGACGCUCUGCGAUGGGGUGAUGAAAUAGAAUACCUCGUCGUGGCUUUUGAAGAAGAGCGUCGAAAAGUCAGGCUGUCUCUGAGACAAGCGGACAUUCUCAAGGCUCUGGCAGAAGAUGAAGCCUUGAGCAAGCAGGGAGGAUGCGUACCGGACCUUCAGACUAUAAAGAGCACUGGUGAUGCAAUACCAGUCUUCCACCCCGAGUUUGGUAGGUUCAUGUUGGAAGCGACACCUGGGAAACCUUGGGGGAUCGGAUUCAAGGACCUGCUGGAUGUGGAACCCAACAUGAAAUGGCGGCGGAUCAUAGCCAAAGAGCACAUGGAAUCGAACGAGUACCCAAUAACUCUGACGACCUUCCCUCGAUUGGGCACCAGGGACGACUUCAUCGCUCCUUAUUACCCACCUUCUGGCGAGAGAUUACGGUCACAGUUCCUUCCUGACGAGAUUGCGAACCCCCACAUCCGCUUCCCUACAUUGGCUGCAAACAUUCGAUCCCGGAGAGGACGGAAGGUUGAGAUCAACGUGCCCAUCUUCAAAGACGAGAACACUCCAGUCCCUUUCAUAGACCCCACAGUCGAUUACGAUAUGCACAAAUGGCCCGAGGAUGACGAUGUACGAAAUGGUGCGGCGAAGGAUAAUCACAUUUACAUGGACGCUAUGGCAUUUGGAAUGGGUAGUUGUUGCUUGCAGAUCACUUUCCAAGCCAAGAACAUCACUGAAGGUCGAAAGCUGUACGAUCAGCUCAGCCCAUUGGGUCCUAUAAUGUUGGCACUGACUGCUGCAACGCCAAUAUACAAAGGCUUCCUUGCAGACACAGACGUGAGGUGGAAUCAGAUUAGCCAAGCAGUAGACGAUCGAACACCCGAAGAGCUCGGUGAAGCCCCAGUAAAACAUGACCGAUGGCGAGUACCAAAGUCGAGAUAUGCUUCAAAUUCUACAUACAUCUCGCAGGAUCCUCGGUUACGGAAAGAAUACAUGGAUCCUGACCUUGUCGUGGAUGAAGACCUAAAACAGCAGCUCAUGAACGGCGGAAUGGAUGCUUUGCUAGCUACACACUUCGCUCACCUCUUCAUCCGAGACCCUAUCGUCAUCUUUGCCGAAGAUCUCAAGGAACUCGAUCUGAAUAAGACCGACCACUUUGAGAAUCUUCAAUCGACAAAUUGGCAACACUUACGCUUCAAGCCUCCGCCACACGACAAGGACACUGGGUGGCGAGUCGAGUUUCGUCCCAUGGAAAUACAAAUCACUGACUUCGAAAAUGCCGCCUUCUGUAUCUUCAUCGUGCUAAUCACUCGCGCCAUCCUCAGCUUCGAUCUCAAUUUCUACAUACCGAUACCUCUCACAACAGCAAACAUGGAAACGACCCACGCCCGAAAUGCAGUCCUUGACCAGAAAUUCCAUUUCCGCAAUGACCCUCUUCCACCUCGACCAAUGAAAGCGAAUGGUGCAUCAGGCACUACCACACCAGCUUACCAACCCUCUCGACCACCAACACCCACAGGACCAGUCGAAGAUGAACAUUCUCUGAUGACCAUUGACGAGAUCAUUAACGGCCAGUCUGGUGAAGGCUUUCCCGGCCUGAUUCCACUUGUAGAAUCCUACCUCAACAGCGUGAACAUCGACGUCGAGACACGUUGCGAGCUAGCUCGGUAUCUUGACUUGAUUCGCAAACGUGCUUCUGGUCAGCUAUGGACAGGCGCGAAAUGGAUUCGGCAUUUCGUACAUAGUCAUCAAGAUUACAAAGCCGACAGCGUUGUCAGCGAGGGCAUAAACUACGAUUUGAUCAAGGCCGUGGAAGACAUUACGAAGAACGAGGGUAAGAAUGGAAUGGGCGAGGAGAUGCUAAGGUCUGGAUGGACAUUUCUACCACCAAUCCUAGCGCUCUUGCUAGGAAUCGCUUCGCCAGCUUCAUCUCCAGCUCCUGUUCAAGCGUCAAAUCCCUUCACCAACAACAACAACAACAAUGACCUGGGCUGGACUACGAACCUCCCCGCAUCCAUGCAACCGCCUCUCCCCCAAUCCCCACCCAACACAACCUCCCCUCGUUCCCAAUCCCUAACCGCCAUCCUCCAUCACGACAUCCCCGUCUACGGUUCCCGCCGCGGCCCCGGCGCCACUCCCCUCUUCAUCGACCUCACCGCGGACCCCCUCCAACCUCACCCUCCCGAACCAGUCCCUCCUCGUCUGCAGCUGGCAAGUCAUCAACGGCACCAAUCGUUGCCGACGGACACGGACCUCGGCCUCUACGCCCUCACGCCGGGUUUCUUCGGUCGCGGUAAUGCCUCGAGGGAACCGUUUGUUUAUCUCGGCGCGAGAUGUGUCUGUCAGUCGCCGCCGUCGGAGGGGAGGAUGACUGUUUUCUUCUUCUUCUUCUUCUUCUUCUUCUUCUUCUUCUUUCAACCUUUCAACCGUCACGGUGUCAGACAGGUCGACGGCUAUCUGGCGACCGUGUUGAGGUGA